AAAUAUACUGAAAAUGACAUAAGAAGCUGUUGUCUUGCUGAAAUAAAGCAAACUGAAGAGAAAUACACGGAAACUCUCGAAUCAAUAGAGAAAUUUUUCAUGGUGCCAUUGAAAAGGUUUCUGUCAGCAUCAGAGUUUGAUACUGUUUUCAUCAACAUUCCUGAUUUGGUGAAAAUUCACAGGAGUCUAACACAGGAUAUCAAUGAUUCCAUUGCUAACAAAAAUGACCAGAACCUGUAUCAAAUUUUUAUUAACUACAAGGAAAGAUUGGUUAUUUAUGGACAGUACUGCAGUCAAGUGGAGAUAGCAAUAUCAUGCUUAGACAACAUCUCUAAGACAAAAGAAGAUGUUAAAUUGAAGUUAGAGGAAUGUUCCAAGAGAGCAAAUAAUGGGAAAUUUACAUUGCGGGAUCUUUUAGUGGUUCCAAUGCAGAGAGUGCUAAAAUAUCACCUACUGCUCCAGGAGCUGGUAAAGCACACAACUGAUCCCAUGGAGAAGUCAAAUCUAAAACUAGCACUUGAUGCAAUGAAGGAUCUGGCUCAAUAUGUAAAUGAAGUGAAGAGGGAUAAUGAAACGCUCCGUGAAAUUAAACAGUUUCAACUAUCAAUAGAGAAUUUGAAUCAUUCCCUCUUACAGUAUGGAAGACCUCAAGGUGAUGGGGAAAUAAGGAUAACUACCUUAGACAAACGUGCAAGGCAAGACAGGCAUAUCUUCUUGUUUGAUCUAGCUGUAAUUGUUUGCAAGCGAAGAGGUGAUAAUUAUGAAAUGAAGGAAAUAAUAGAUCUUCAGAAAUACAAAAUUACAAAUAAUCCCACUACUGAUAAGGAAAAUAAGAAGUGGUCUUAUGGCUUCUACCUCAUUCAUAUCCAAGGCCAAAAUGGUUUAGAAGUUUAUUGCAAAACAAAAGACUUGAAGAAAAAAUGGCUUGAACAAUUUCAGAUGGCUCUGUCAAACAUACGGCCAGACUAUGCAGAUACAAGCUUUCAUGAGUUCAAAAUGCAUACCUUCAGUCGUGUGACGUCUUGCAAAGUCUGUCAGAUGCUUCUGAGGGGAACAUUUUAUCAAGGCUAUUUAUGUUCUAAGUGUGGAGCUGGAGCACACAAAGAAUGUUUAGGAAGAUUAGACAAUUGUGGCAGAGCUAAUUCAGGUG